CACAGAGCGUAUCUUUGAGCCAAACGACGAGGUUGUCGCGCGGGACUUCCCUUCCUGCUACGCUACGAGCAACGUUACGAUGGGCCAAGACGUCUCGGUGAUCCUCAACCACGACGCCGGCGGUCGUCGGUCGCCGCCGACGGCCGUGGCCAACGAGGCGCGCUUCGCGUUCUGCGAGACGUGGGACGCCAAGAGCGUCGAUCACCUCUUGACCACGUACACGUCGCAGUACCAGUCGCUCCAUAGCAGCGAGCUCCACACGCAAGACGACCGGCGGCGCGCGCUCGAGAGCGAGAUCCUCGAGCUCGAGGCCCACCUGCUAACACUUGUCCAUGAAGCAGGCGACGACUGCGACAACAGCGGGCUCCGUGCAAACCUCGAGAGCAAGCGCCGACAGCUCUAUGCCUACAGUCAAAUGCCAUCGCGCGACGCGAUCGAUUAUGCGCUACCGCUGCACUGGUCCGUGUACAUGGCCGCGGCCAAGCACGUCGAGACCGAAGCCACGUUUGGCGCGCUGCGUCGGAAGCGCGCGCACUGGCACGUGGCCACAGACGGGUACGAAAUGGAAAAGGACCCAACCGCAGCCGCCGAGCUCGCGCGCAUGGAGAUCGAGCGCCUCAAGUUCGCUGCACCAGCGCCCAACCACGAGAUCGACGGUCACACGGACGACAAUGCGAGCGAGUCGGAGAAGGACUCGCUGGACGGCGGCGACUCGGACCUGGACGACAACGACAUCCAGGACAAUGAUAGCAAGCCCAAAGCUCCCACCACCGACUCGGCUCCGACGCCGGUACUCACACAAGCGGUGCUCGACGAGCUUCGGGCGCCGCCGCCGCCGUCUCCGCUCUUUGACCCGUCGUUGCGCAGUCCCGUCUUCUUUGGAUACACAACGGCGCCGAUGCUGAGCCCUGUCGACGCCACCAAGGUGAGCGAGCAAGCCCUAGCGGACCGUGAAAGAACGUACUUUGAGCUGCGGAUCGCACGGGCCAAGAAGCGCAUCGACGACGCGACGGCCAUCGAACGGGGCAAGCUCAAGUCCCUCCUCGAGCGACGCGACGCAGCGCUGGAGAAGCGCCAGAAGGUCCACGCGGCGCGGGCCCGCGAGAUGGAUGAAGCCAAGCAAGAGGGUCUUGAUCCGACAGCCGAUUUUUUUCGCAAAAUGGAAUUGAGUGGCGAGGUCUUGGCCGCCGACGAAGCCAAGGACGACGCAGUGUUUGCAUCUCAAGAGGCGUCGAUAUUGGGACGUAUGGCCACGGCGAGUGCCACCGGCGAAGACGAGAUUGCGCUGCUACAAGCCCUGCAGUUUGGCCGGUCACCACCGAUCGCGCCGCGCCGACGCAAGUUUCAUGAAGCCGAGUUGGCCGAGCUCACAAGAAGCCUCGGCCAAGCGCGCAUGGACUUGGAAAACUCUGCCAAGACGCUCGAAGAGACCAAAGCGCGGCUCGAAGCCCCCGCACCCGACAGCGGCGCCCCGUCGGGCAUCAACCCUAAUAACGCUCGAACCCAGCUGCUCUUUGCGACCGACCAAGUCAUUGCGGCCGAGAAGCUCAUUGCAAACUUGGCCGCGCGGGUGAAUGAGGAAGAAUUCAUGCUGCAGCGCGCCGACGUUGUCCGCGAUCUCGAAGCACUCUACCUGCCGAGCUUUGCCCUGCUCGAAGGUCUUCCGACGGAUUGUGGAGAUCCGAAGCUAUUGCGAAUGGAGCUGCUCUUGCUCUUCCACGCCCGUGCAGCAUCACUCACGGCCAAGCUCAAGUACACGUAUGCGUCGUACGUCGACGCGGCCUCCGGGCGGCUUCAACGCCCAGGGUUGACGCGCCUGUUGCAGUCUCUUUUUCAGUUGCUGCAAGCGCUGGGCGAGCUCCACCUCAAGCCGUCGGUCGACGACAGCUUUUGGGCCAACGUGGCGGCGCGGGCAUGUCCGCCGCAAGGCUUGACGUGGCGAGAUUUCAAACGUUUUAGCAAGGACGAGGUCGAGCGAUCGCAGCUGUUGGCGCGCUUCUUCCGCGUGCCGUGGCGCCUCAGUGGGUGGAGUCGGCUCCAGACGCAGACAAUUGCACCAUUGCACCAGUUUGAGCUCGGCGCGAUCUCGCUCUCGGACCUCAAAUUUACGCUCGCCAAGCAGCACCUUCGCCCGCGGAUGGCGCUGGUGCCCCACCGAAUGGAGAUUCUGCACAUUCGUGCGCUUGCUAUGGGAGCCAACGACCCGCUCAAGGCCGACUACAGCAAAUACCUCAAGUCGAGAAAGACCAAAGUCCUCUCCAACGUCGUGCCGCUCGACCAUGGCGCCUAUCGCAACCUGCUGGUGUAUCGACAGGACGUGGCGACCCGGGCCGCCGUGCGUCUCCAGACCUCGUGGCGCGCCAAGAAGGGCCGCCACGACGCGUACAUGGCAGCGAAGAAGCAAGCGUUCUACCACGCCAAGGGCACGGCGCUGUUGGAGGCCCGGGCCGCCGCCGAAGCCGAGUGGCACAAGCUCGAGUCGACCAAAGACAUGUCGCUCGAGAAGAUGAAAUUCGAUGCCAAGAUUCGCAUGCGCCAAGUCAAAUUGCGCACCAAAGGCCUCACGAUGGACCGACGCCAAGUGCUCUGCGUCAUGGUCGAGGAGGCGGUCCAAGACGCGCUCGAGGAGGUCGACCACCGGUUCCGUGAAAUGGAAGAGGACGCGGGCUAUGUGCCCGUUCAGCUUCGGUUCGAUCCGCUCAAUUUGGAGCAUUUUGCCGAGAUUUCGUCGGCGCUCAUCGACCAGCUCAAGCGUGCGCGGCUGCCGACGCUAGAGACUGCCACUUUGCUCAAGCGAAUAGCAGAAAAGAGCAAGGAGGAUGUACCCGAGACGACGACGCCGGUAGAGGCGCCCGGGCCGCCGCCCACGUUUCGCAGCAGCGCGGUUGAGCCCAAGCAUUUUGUGCCGGAAGCCUCGCUCCGCUCCAAGCAGGCGCAGAUGGCAGCCCGGCACAUUGCCAUGAUGCGCGGUGUGAACGCGUCAUUCGCCGAGUGUUCGUCGAUUGAGAAGCGCGUGUGGCUUGCGCUCGCAUCGUCGACGCCCGAGCUCGACGACUGGAGCGACCGGUUGCAGUACGUCUGUGACGGUCUCACCGACUUUAAACUCCGAGAACUGCUGCUCGAAUUACCUUCCAAGCGCCAUGCGAUCGAGUACGUCCUCGCGUUUCGCAAGCACCUCAUCGGGAGCAACCAAAGUGACGAGCUUACGUUUGAUCGCGAGGCCCUUGUUGCGGAUCUCAUGGGCCACUUUCGCAUUCUCCGGGGUGUUGACGACUUGGCCGACAGCCUCAUGUACAUGGCGUCGUCGGACGUCGAGUCGACGCUUCGAGAUGCCACGGCCACGACACUCCAAUCGCAAGAGAUCUACUUGGCCAAGCACGUCGCCAAAGCGCAGCUCAAGGCGGCGUCCGUCGCGGCCAAGGCCCGGCAGCGCCGCGCGAACGGCCGGGACCUCGUCCAGCGACUCGAAUUCGAGCGCAAAAACCAAGCUGCGGCCGUCGCGGCCGCCAAAGCCAACGCCGACGAAGCGCUUCAGAAAUGGAAGCACGCACAGCUCUCGCUCGACUUGCUGCAGACGCAACUACAAGCCGCCAAUAUCGACGAGCAAUCGCCCAAGACACGGCCGACGUCGCUGGACGACCGGACGUGCUGGGCCGAGCGGCUCAAACGCUCGUUGACCGAUGCCUCCAGCGAUGCAUGGGUCGAGAUGUUUCACGUGUGCCAAGACUUUGUCCAAGUAGCGUCGCACAUUGCGGUGCAGAUCGCGCGCGAACACUACCUCCCCGUGCACGCAAAGUCGAUGUUGCCACUCGCCACGACCUUGCCCUUCCAGAUGGAUGGCCGGAACGACGGUGUUGUGCGCAGCAGCCUUGGCAAAGGCCUCCGCUUCGAGGCUCACAACAUUCGGUUCCAAGUGGCGGUCGACGACCACGGCCGGUACGAAGGUGCGGACGAGCUCGCGAUGAAAGCCGCGGGCGCCGAAGUACGCAACUCGGCGCUGUACCUUCCGACACUGCUCUCGUGCCCGAAUGUCUUGGCGCCGCUUGUCUGCACGGUGGAUUACUGCGGCCUCCGUGUCCUCUGCGUGGCUAAGCUCCCGAUCGAGCGCUACGAGAUCAACGACCGAGGCGCGAUCACAAACAUCUCGACCGAGUUUGUCUACGGCACCAACAACAAAGGGCGGACGGUGACCUACCACAGCAAGAGCCUCGACGGUGCGGUGCGCAAAGCCAACGCUGCGCUCAACCUCACCGCCCACGGCGUGCGCGGGACACAAGACCUCACAGCCAAGAUGCUCUCGGGGGCUGGCGACAUGCACGGGUACCUUGGCCGCGACGAAUGGCUCUGCUUGCUGCGCUUCCGCCGAAGCAUGCCGCCCGAAGAUCCCGACCUCACACGGCAUCUGCCGAGCUCGACGCGCGGGAUGAGUAUUCUAUGGCGCCAACUCCGACCAACGUUGGUCCAAACCCAACCGUUGCCGCUCUCGAGUGACGCGCUUUCGUUUCUGACCAAUCAAACGCCCGACUGGGAGACGCACGUUGAGCGCGUCACGGCCGCGACCGCGCACCUCCUCGACGACGUCAUCCCGGCGUUUGCGCGCAAGCUAGCGACGCGACCGAUGUACGUGGACGCGCCAGGCUUUGACUUGGUCGCCGAGCUGCAUCGGCACGGGAUCAACGUCCGCCACCUCGGCUACCUCCGCGCGCAGUUUCGGUAUCAGCUCAGCGGCUCAGUCGCCAUGACGUUCAACAGCAACGUCGUGACAACGACGCAAGACAUGACCCGCGAGGUGCAGCGCGGUGACGUCGUCUACAUCCACGGCGACACGUACACGAUCAGCACGUCGCGGAACGACGAAGUGUCGACGACAACGCUGACGCUGGACCGUCCAUACCCCCACGACUCGACGCAAAACGUGACAGUGGCCACAGGUGCGAUCCUCGACCCCACACAGCAGCUCCGCGAACGCCUCCUUGUCGAGAUGCUGCAACGUACGAUCAAAAAUCUCUUGCGCUUUGCAUUGCGGCAGCAGCUCCAAUCGCGCCAGCUCGCCAUGGGUCCCAACCACGCCCAGUUGGUGCUGACGUACUUGAACUUCCUCUCGGGCGUCGGUGACGGUGCUCAUGCGUUCUGGGACAUUCACGUCUUUGACGGCGUCCGCAGUCGGUUUGGCCCGAUCGCCGUCUCGUAUGUCGAGCGCCUCAACCUCCGGCGCGCCCCGGUGGCCAUCGCCAAGUACCUUUGCCAAUGCCUCGGCAUCGACUUGACGAGCGACUGCUGGGCACAUUUCACAGCGUCGCCACACGGCUUUGUCUUUACCGCCGACGACCUCGUGCUGACCAGCACGGGCCGCAUCAAGCACAAUAUGAGUCUCUUGCACUACGCUGCGGCGUCGCUGCUGCUCGAUCGCGCGUCGCUCGUGCAAGGCACGACUUACCAAGCGGGCGUCCUCACCGAUGCACCGGUGGGGUACUGGCCGCUCGCCGAGCGGCGCGGCGCCAAAGUGGCCCGCAAUCUCGGGUCGUCGAGCGACCACGGCAAGUUUUCGCCGUCCUGCAUCCUGGAGGCGAGUGGUCCGAUCGCCAACGACGACUUGUGUCGUGCCGUGACCUUUCCCUACGCGACCCACGCCUACAUUGGGUGCCAACGCACGCAGCGGUGGGAGUCGACCGUGACGCUCGAGGCAUGGGCGUGUCCGACUAAAGACGGCAGCGGUAUUCGCGCGAUUCUCAGCCACGGCCGGUGCACCCUUGCCGUGCUCAAGAACCACCGCUGGGGUGCGUGGGUGAACCUGCGCAACAUCGACGUGGUCGUCACGGGCGGGCUCGUUGCCUAUGGCGAGUGGACGCACGUCGCGUGUACGUUUGACGGCGCGACGCUGCUUCUGUUUGUCGGCGGCGUGCUCCACGGCGACUUGGACGUCGUGUCCGAAGUGGACUUGCAGCUCCAACGGCGGGAUGCCAAGUUUGCGGCCCUCCGUGCCAACUUGGAGGCGCAAGAAGAGGCCGCCAAGACCGACUGCUUCAAGGCCGUCGAGCGGGAGAGCCGGGUCUACUUCAGCUCAAAAGAAGGGAAGAAAUUCAUCGCCGAGCUCGCCAAGAAGGUUCGCGACGAGGCCGAGUUCAAAGAACGUCUCAAUAAGAAGGCGUCCCAACGCAAGCUUGAGACCGAGACGACGGCCAAGGUCAAGCCUGCGACCAAGCCCGACUACGAGAUACUCGCGAAACAGCAGCACACGACCGCCAACUACCACGCCAAAGUCGAUGCGAUCAUGGACGCAUUCAAGAAGCUUCGCGUCGACCUCAACGCCAAGAUCGACAACGAGAUCGCCGAAGAGCUCUCCAAGGAGUCUCGACCCUGUCGCAUCGGGUGUGUCGCCAACGCCAGUUCCAACGGCAAGUACUUUGUCGGGUCGCUCGCCCACGUCGCAUACUACACCAAACCCCUCUCCCGCGACACCCUCUACCGCCACUACCUCCUCGGGUCGGUCGACCGCGCGAUCACGUCCGACCGCCUCUUUGAGCUAUCGGCCGCGCGCUUCACCAAGGCGCUUGCCUACACCCCGGAAGAGCCGUCGUUCCUGGCGGCGUACGCCAUCAAUAUUUGCUCGUCCCUCAAGUACGACCUCGACCAGCGCCGCAGCCAAGAGAUGUACAAAGCCAAGGUCCGCCGCGCCCUUGACGCGUUUCGGCUGCGUGAAAACUACAAGGGAUGCGCCGAGAUACUCAAGUACCUUCCCCGCGACGUGCGGUUCAGCGACCUCUUUCGAGAGGCGUACCGCUGUGUGACAGAGCUCUGUCCGAGCUACUGGACGCCAGACCCGACGUCGAUCAAGACGUUGUCGCUGUUGGAUCUGGCAUCGCUGCCCGUGCAGUACUUUCUAAGUGGCAACCCGGCGCAGUCGUCGCUGCACGGCCUGUUGACCGACGAAGUGGCUGCCUACGCCGACAUUAUCUGCCGCGUCGUGUCAGUCUACGCAACGCACUACGGAGACGGCUUGACCGACCUCAAGUGGCUCUGCGACCUCGAGACACCAAGCGUCGUGGUGUACUUUGUCUUGUGGCUCCAAGCCGGCGAGGAUGGCCGGCGAUUCGACCUCUCGAGCGUCCCUACGGUCACAUGUAAGGACAUGGACGUCAUCACGAGCGCAAACCGCUCGUGUCUUGCACUCAACCUUGCCAAGUGCAUGGCGCUCAAUGAUAAGACGAUCUGCAUGAUCGCGGUGCGCUGCAGCGGUCUCGAAGCCCUCGAUGUCUCGGGUCUCUCCCAUCUCACGGACGUCAGCGUCCUCGCGCUGGCCAAGAGCUGUCGCAACCUCAAGGCACUGCACGCCAACGCGUGUGGGCUGCUCACUGACGCAGGCAUCGAGGCCUUGGCAGCGUGCAUGGACCUCCGAGAGCUCUGUCUUGCCAACUGCGGCAAGCUCACGGACGACAGCUUGCGCGCGAUCGGGCUCGCCCACCCGCGCCUAACGCGGCUUGAGCUCAGUUUUUGCAUUCAGCUGAGCGAUUUCGAAGGCUUUGCCCGCGUCUCCAACGCGCUGAAUCUAUCGAUACUGGACGUCUCGGGGUGUCGGCGGCUCAAAGACAUAGGGCUCUCGGCGCUCUGUCGAAAGUUUACCAAGCUCACGUCGCUCAACCUCGCCUACUGCGACAAGAUCACCGAUGUGGGCCUGUGGGCGGCCACGCACAACUGCUUGGAGCUAGCAACCCUAAACCUACAAGAGCUCGUGCUGCUCACGGACAAGGCGUUUACGUUUGACCACGAAGGCGACGGUCGCGCCAACGUCGCCAAAAGCCUCCUUCAACACAUGCAGACGAUCGUGCUGGCCGACUGCAAGGGGCUCAGCGACACGGCCAUUGCGUACCUCCACCACCGCGCACGGUCCCUUGUAUCGCUCGACGUCUCGGGCUGUCUCCUUGCCACCGAUCAAAUGCUCAAGUACACCACGUUCGACAUCUUCAACGGCACCGACGUCGGCAGUCACCUCCGCGUCCUCGACCUCAGCUUUUGCAUGCAGUUAUCGUCCGAGGGUCUGCGCUACAUUCGUGACCGAUGCAAGCACCUCGUCACGCUCUUCUUGACGGGCUGUGUGUGCGUCAACGAUGACGCGAUCAUUGCGCUGCUUCGCGCCUGCCCGCGCCUGAGCCGCCUCGGCUUGGGCUACUGCCGUGACGUGACCGACGCCGUCCUCUUUGCCAUCGCCGACACGCUUUGGGUGCAAGUGCUCUCACUCACGCGCUGCGGCAAGAUCACGGACGCCGGGGUGACGGCCCUCGCGACACAGUGCAACGGCCUCGCGGCGCUUACCGUCGCGAGCUGCAAGCGACUCACCGAUGCGUCGAUGGCCGCGCUCCUGGAGCACUGCCCCAAGCUGCUCGAGCUGGACGUGGCCUACUGCCCCCACAUCACAUCCAACGCGCUCGCCCCUUUUGUAUCGACGCGGCUCGGGAUGGUCCUCCGAAGCGACUGCCCACUCAGCGCACCGCCGGCACUCAUCGACGAUGUGCUCCAAGAACGACUCUUUCGAGAGGCCUCCAAAAAGCUACAGCUACCACCACUCGCUCUGCACACGCCACGGCGCCUCCCGACACCUCGGACAGCGCGCUCCGAGAGCGACGACGCGCCCACAAUGCCACACAACAACGACGACGAGGCCGAGGACGCUUAGCACUGGCUCUAGUCUUGUAUAGCUGGAUGAGUUAGUCGUGUAGCUCGGAGAGGUAGUUGACGACCCGUAACAGCCGUCCUUGGUAUUUCUCAAG